AUGUCUUCUUUUGUUGAACCAUCACACCCUUCGUAUCAGUACCCGUCUGAUUUGCCUGGCACAAUUUUGGUCACAAAGACCUUUAAUGGCACGAGUUUUGGGGGUUGGAGACGAAGCAUGUUAAUUGGAUUAUCAUGUAAAAAUAAAUUGGGGAUAGUCAAUGGGACAAUACCCAAACCUAGUGAAAUCUCUGUGUUGUUUGAAUCCUGGGUCCGUUGUAAUGACAUGGUGACUGUAUGGAUACUAAAUAGUCUAGACACUGAGAUUAGGGGGAGUGUGAUGUAUACAGAAUCUGCUCAAAAACUUUGGAAAGAAAUCGAACAACGAUAUGAGAAAGCGAAUGGGACUAAGGUGUUUCAAAUCAGGAAAGACCUUGCUUCCAUUUUCCAGGGGUCUUCCAACAUUGCUUCCUAUUUCAGUCGCAUUAAAAAGCUUUGGGAUGAGUUGGCUUAUUCAAUUACUUAUCCAGACUGUACAUGUGGUUGUAAAGAGGCCUUUCGGAAGAUAAAAGAAGAGCAAAAGGUUCAUCAAUUUUUUGAUGGGGUUAAAUGA